AUGAAAUAAAUAAUAACAAUUUAAGUAGGAUAAAGUGGAAAUCAGAUUGGAAAUGCCAUAUGGAACUAAAUGAUGGAUGAUUGUGGUGAAAAAUUGGAUGAUAAAUUUUUUAGAAAAGGGAUUCCUCGAACAAUAUUAGUAGAUAAUGAAGAGAAUACAUUAGAUAAGAUAAGGGGAAAUAAGAAUUUAUCUUAUUAUGAUCCAAAUAAUUUUGUCUGUGGAAAGAGUGCAAAAUGUUUAACAUUUGCAAGUGGUUAUUAUGGUUAGAAUGAUUUAUUUGAUGAGAUAGUAGAAAAGGUAAGAAAAGAAUAAGAAUAAUGUGAUGGAAUUUAAGCAGUAUAAUUAAUUCAUUCAAUAAAUGGUGGAACAGGAUCUGGAAUUGGAGCUAAAUUAGUAUAUUAUACAAGUGAUCAUUUUUGUGAUUGUUCAAAAAUCAACAUUUCUAUUUAUCCAUCAAAAUAUGAAAAUAGUGUUAUUUAUCCAUAUAAUUGUCUACUUGGUUUAAUGCAUCUCAAUUAUAAUUAUAAUAUGGGAUUCUAUUUUGAUAAUGAUUCAUUACAAUAAAUGA